AAGUCACUGUCUCUUCACACCCUCGACGAGUCCGUCAGUUCCAACAACAAGAGCAAAAACACUUCACUCCUUCCACUCUCACCAAACAAAUAUUUACUAUUAUUAUUAAUUAAUUAAUAGAUAAAUACAGAAAUAAAUUUUAUAACCUCACUCAACCUGCACUCUGAAAUUGAAUUAAGCAUUCACCAAACCCCUCUCUCACCCCUCCCUCAAAAUUCAACAACAAUGGAUUCUUCCACUCUCUCUCGCAUAGGCUUAGCGGGACUAGCCGUCAUGGGCCAAAACUUAGCCCUAAACAUCGCCGAAAAAGGCUUCCCUAUUUCCGUCUACAACCGCACAACCUCCAAAGUCGACGAAACCGUAGAUCGGGCCCACCGUGAAGGUUCUCUCCCGUUAACCGGCCAAUACAGCCCCCGCGAAUUUGUCCUCUCUCUCCAACGUCCUAGAUCAGUCAUCAUCCUCGUCAAAGCUGGCAAUCCCGUCGACCAAACCAUCGCCGCUCUCUCCGAUCAUAUGGAGCCCGGUGACUGCAUCAUCGACGGCGGUAACGAAUGGUACGAAAACACCGAACGAAGAAUCCAACAAAUCUCGAAUAAAGGUAUCCUUUAUCUCGGUAUGGGAGUAUCCGGCGGCGAAGAAGGUGCUCGUAACGGUCCUUCCCUCAUGCCCGGUGGGUCUUACCAAGCCUACAGCAACAUCCAGGAUAUUCUCAUGAAGGUCGCCGCUCAGGUUGAAGACGGUCCUUGUGUCACUUACAUCGGCGAAGGAGGUGCCGGAAAUUUCGUUAAAAUGGUUCAUAACGGUAUUGAAUACGGUGACAUGCAACUUAUUUCAGAAGCUUAUGAUGUUUUGAAGCACGUUGGUGGUUUAUCGAAUUCUGAACUCGCUGAUAUUUUUGCCGAAUGGAACAGUGGUGAACUCGAGAGUUUCCUUGUAGAAAUCACUGCUGAUAUUUUCAAAGUGAAAGAUGAUAUUGGUGAUGGUUAUUUAGUUGAUAAGAUUUUGGAUAAAACCGGUAUGAAAGGUACCGGUAAAUGGACAGUUCAACAAGCAGCCGAGCUUUCUGUUGCGGCGCCCACGAUUGCCGCUUCGUUGGAUUGUAGGUAUUUGAGUGGGUUGAAGGAAGAGAGGGAGAAUGCAUCUGCGGUUUUGAAGGAAGCAGGGUUGAACGAGGAAGCAGGGUUUGUGAAAAGUGGGAUUGAUAAGAAGAGGUUAAUUGAUGAUGUGAGACAAGCUUUGUAUGCUUCAAAGAUUUGUAGCUAUGCUCAAGGGAUGAAUUUGUUGAGGGCAAAGAGUGACGAGAAAGGUUGGAAUUUGAAUUUAGGGGAAUUAGCUAGGAUUUGGAAAGGUGGGUGUAUUAUAAGAGCAGUGUUUUUGGAUAGGAUUAAGAAAGCUUAUCAAAGGAACCCUAAUUUGGCUAGUUUGAUAGUGGAUCCUGAAUUUGCUAAGGAAAUGGUGCAAAGACAAGGAGCAUGGAGAAGGGUUGUUGGAUUGGCUAUAUCGGCCGGGAUUAGUACACCUGGAAUGUGUGCUAGUCUUGCUUAUUUUGAUACUUAUAGGAGAGCUAGGCUUCCUGCUAACCUUGUUCAGGCUCAGAGGGAUUUGUUUGGAGCUCAUACCUAUGAGCGGCUCGAUCGCCCCGGCGCGUUUCAUACCGAGUGGACGAAAAUUGCUCGUCAGAGUGGUACUGGUGUUGCUGCUCUUAAUUGAUCAUUGGUGAUGUGUCACUUUUGUGUGGUUAGUUCAGUUGUUUCUUUGUUGGCUGGUUAAUGCAGCAUUUGUGUUGCGAUUGUAUGUUUCUGAGGAUCUUUGGUUAUGGUUAGGCAGAGCAACUAUUGUUUCCUUAAUAUUAUUGUUUUUGCUUUUAAGUUAACAAAUAAAAGAAAGGCCUUGUCAUUUGAAUUAAUCAGGCUUUUGUGUUUCAACUUUGCUUCCUUAAGUACACUUUGAAUUGUUGAUGCUUUGUCUGGUAGAUACAUUUCAAGCUGUGUUUAAAGAUUGUGUAUUAGCAAUAAUAGAAACAUCCUCUCAGGCUUCAAUAUAUUUUUGACUUUGUUUCCUUA